UGUUCACUUCCGUCAUCUGGCUGUUCGCUACGCCGAUAUUCCGAUUCUAAAAUAAGGUGUCACCCGUCGUGUUACGCAUAGUGAAUAAUUGUGAUAUUCAUUGUUGUGAAUAGUAUCGCUGUUUACGGUUUUUCACAAUGGGAGAGGACUUCAAUGGAGAAGAGUCAUUUGCAGAUCGCGAGCGUCAGGAAAGAGGACCAGAUAGAGAAAAGGAGAGGGAAAGAGACAGAGAUAGGAGACACAGAUCUAGGAGUCGGGACCGUAGGAAGCGGUCACGGUCUCGUUCAAAAGAUCGUCGUGACAGAAAACGGAGCAGCUCACCUAAAAAGGGUCGCAGUUCUCGCAGGAGAAAACCCUCUCUUUAUUGGGAUGUUCCGCCACCAGGUUUCGAACACAUCACGCCAUUACAGUACAAAGCUAUGCAAGCUGCAGGACAAAUUCCAGCGAACAUUGUAGCUGAUACCCCUCAGGCAGCAGUACCUGUUGUGGGCAGCACAAUAACACGUCAGGCUAGGAGACUUUAUGUCGGAAACAUUCCAUUCGGAGUUACAGAAGAGGAAAUGAUGGAGUUUUUCAACCAGCAGAUGCACCUUUCCGGCCUUGCACAGGCUGCUGGAAAUCCCGUACUCGCCUGCCAGAUCAAUCUUGAUAAAAAUUUUGCUUUCCUUGAGUUCCGGUCCAUUGAUGAAACGACACAAGCAAUGGCUUUCGACGGCAUUAAUUUCAAAGGACAAAGUUUGAAAAUAAGGAGGCCGCACGAUUACCAGCCGAUGCCUGGCAUGACAGAUAACCCUAGCAUGAACGUGCCAGGUACGAUUCCUGAUUCACCACAUAAAAUUUUCAUUGGCGGUUUACCCAACUACUUGAACGAGGAACAGGUGAAGGAACUGCUGAUGAGCUUUGGACAACUCCGGGCAUUCAACUUGGUGAAGGAUUCAGCUACAGGAUUAUCGAAAGGAUACGCGUUUUGCGAGUACGUUGAUGUCACAAUGACCGAUCAAGCUAUAGCUGGGCUCAAUGGGAUGCAGCUUGGGGAUAAAAAACUUAUUGUACAACGGGCCAGCGUCGGAGCUAAGAAUCCAAUGAUCGGCGCUCAGGCUCCAGUUCAAAUUCAAGUUCCUGGUCUCUCGAUGGUUGGCACUAGCGGUCCAGCUACCGAGGUGUUAUGCUUACUCAAUAUGGUAACACCUGAGGAAUUAAUGGAAGAGGAGGAGUAUGAAGAUAUUCUUGAAGACAUCAAGGAGGAGUGCAACAAAUAUGGAGUCGUUCGGUCAGUAGAAAUUCCUAGGCCCAUCGAAGGCGUUGAUGUUCCUGGAUGUGGAAAGGUUUUUGUUGAGUUCAACAGCGUGAUAGACUGUCAAAAGGCACAGCAAACGUUGACUGGACGAAAGUUCAACAAUCGAGUCGUUGUAACGUCCUAUUUUGACCCUGACAAGUACCAUCGCCGAGAAUUUUAAAUAUAUAUGAGUUCCAUUCCUCGUAACAGUCAAUAAAUAAUCAGAAGUUGAACGCAAUUGUCAUUGUAGCAAAAAUUUUGUCUACUUGUAUGUUAUUCGUUAAUUGAUAUGCUUUUAACUAUGAUCAAGUGCUACUAAAUCAGUG